AUGCAGUCUCAGAGUUCUAUCUUGAGUCUGUUGACCCCGGCCUGUGGUGAAGGUUUCAACGGUGGAGACAUUGGACACUUCUUCAACCUGCCAGGGUCACGCUCCAACGAUGUUGUCAACAUAGAGCAGACCACCAAUGUGAACGUGCCCGGACGCUGGUUCUUCCGAGUGGACACUGAACUUAUUGAUCCGGCCAACGGCUGCAGUUACAAUGGACGUUACUACAGACGAGGUGAGGUAUUUUGGCUCUCGGACCAAUGCUCCCAGAGGUGCCGCUGUCUGGACAUGGACAACGAGGUGCAGUGUGAGCAGGCCCCAUGUGGACAGCUGGAGACCUGCGAGCAUCAGGAGGGGGCCUUCUACUGCAUGCCCACCCGCACCAGCACCUGUGUCGUCUUUGGAGACCCCCACUACCACACCUUCGAUGGAUUCCUUUACCACUUCCAAGGAACUUGCUCUUACCUGCUGGCCCGUCCCUGCUGGGAAAUACCUGGUCUUCCGUUCUUCAGCGUAGAGGCCAAAAAUGAGAAUCGCGGAAUGGCUUCGGUUUCCUGGUUACGAGAUGUUACGGUGGAGGUGUAUGGGCAUCGAGUGCUCCUUCCUAAAGGAACUUCUGGCACGGUCCAGAUAGAUGGCCUGACAAAGACACUGCCUGUCCAGCUUGAACUAGGUGCAGUGAAAGUAUACCAGUCAGGAGUGGCUGUGGCUCUAGAGACGGAUUUUGGGGUUUUGGUCACCUACGAUGGCCAGCACUAUGCGUCCAUCUCCCUGCCCAGCUCCUACUUUAACAACACUUGUGGACUCUGCGGCAACUACAACGACGACCCAGCCGACGAUCCCCUUCUGCCGGACGGGUCUUUGGCCGAGAGCGUAGUUGAGCUCGGAGGCAGCUGGAGAGCGGAGGACACUGACUGGAGGUGCACGGACGGUUGCGCACAGAACUGCAGUGUGUGCGACCCAGUAACCGAAGCAUUUUACUUCCGACCAGACUACUGCGGACUCAUCAACAAGACUGACGGGCCUUUCAGGGACUGUCGGGCAGUGGUGGACCCGACAGCCUUUGUGUACAGUUGUGUUUACGAUAUGUGUAGCAAUAAGGACAACAUUACAACGCUGUGCCAAGCUAUACAGGCCUAUGCGUUGGCAUGUCAAGCACUGGGAGUGACCAUACGGUCAUGGAGAUCUCGUGCCUUCUGCGCUCUAACGUGCCCUGAGUUCAGCCAAUACCAGGUGUGCACCACGGCUUGUCCCGCCUCAUGCUCCGACCUGACCUCUCCACUGUACUGUGUGCAUCCCUGCACCGAGGGCUGCCAGUGCGAUCCAGGAUAUGUGCUGAGUGGGAGCCGAUGUGUGCUCCGCGAGGACUGUGGCUGCGAACACAACGGCCUUUACUACCCUAUGAACCAGACUUUCUGGGUUGGGCCGUCUGGAGAGGAAGGGGAGUGCGUGAUGAGAUGCAGCUGUGGAUUUGCCGGCGAUGUCUCUUGCUACAAUGAGUCGUGCAAGGAAGGAGAAGUGUGCGCGGCUGAGGUGGGGUUACUGGGAUGCUACCCCAGGAGAGAAGGCGUGUGUUCCGUCACGCAGACCGCUGUAGCCUCCUCUUAUGACGGAGCGCACCUGACCAUCCCGGAGGACAGCUCUUUCUACCUACUCAAGUUGUGUGGUCCCAUCCCAGUGAAUGGCUCCAUGGUGGAGGUGAAAAUGAGCCGCAGGCUGCAUAACAAAGGCCCGGCGUGGAAGAGGCCUGUGAUCGUCACCGUGGCCAACGUCGAAGCGCAGAUGGGAGGAGCCGAUUUUGACAUAGUGAAGGUGAACGGUGAACCAGUCGUCCUACCAUAUGUCCACCCAAUGGAGACCAUCAUGAUCUUCCGGGCUCCAGGAAACGCCACAGUGGUGGAGUCUCGCGGCCUGCUCCGAGUGCACUACACACGACAGGGAUACCUCAACAUCUCCCUUUCUACGCUAUACUAUAAUGUCACCUGUGGACUGUGUGGGGUCUUCAACAGCAAUGCCACAGACGACUUGCGGCUGCCCAACGGUCGAUUGGCGGAGUCGCCAGAGCAGUUUGCUGAGGCGUGGAAGUCUUUAGCUGACGAUUUGUCUUGUAACGGUGACUGUGAUGACUUGUAUCGAAUGUGUACGGGUUUGCGAAUUUACCAGAGCCCGUACAUGUGUGGAAACAUCAAUGACCCCGGGAAUAGUUCGUUCAUAGCCUGUCACACAGUGGUGAAUCCUUCUCCGUUUUUUAGGAACUGCUUGUAUAACAUGUGCGUGAAAGAAGGAAACCGCUCUGUCAUGUGUAGCUCCCUGCAAGCCUAUGCCACGGCGUGUCAGGAUGCCCAAGUGAGCCUGCCAUCCUGGAGGAGUGCCACCAACUGUCCUCUCCCCUGCCCGGAGAACAGCCACUUUGAAGAGUGCACCACGGCUUGCCCUCUAACCUGUUCAAACCUGGAUGACCUUGAGGAGUCAUGUCCAAUGGCCUGCCAAGAGGGCUGCCAGUGCGAAGAUGGCUAUGCGCUGUUGGACGGCCUAUGCGUGGCCCGGCAAGACUGCGGAUGCAUGAGUCACGGUCGACACCUGGCCACCAACCAAACGUUUUGGACCGACUGGGAGUGCCAAGAGCGUUGCUUCUGCAACGGCUCUGACAACAACAUAUACUGUGUCCCAGAGCCCUGCCUGCCGGAAGAGUACUGCAGAGAGAGCGACGGCCUGCAUUAUUGCCAGCCGCGCACUGAGGCGCUGUGUGUGGUGGCUGGAUACGGACACUUUCUACCUUUUGCGGGUGCAGCGUUUGAGCUGCAGAGCUCGUGCACGUUGCAACUGGUCACCUCUGAUUGCGGGAUCAUCUCCCGAGAGCAGACGGCAGGCGCACUGCCUUCAUUUAAGUUGGCUGUCCGGAACGAGGAGCGGGACACAUCGCAGGCCAUCUGGGUGAAGGGGUUUGUGCUGGAGGCGUAUGACUACGAAAUCGAAGUGACACGGAGCUACAAGAACACAGUCACGCAGCAUGUUCAUCUCCGUCGGGUCUACUCGAAGCACUGA